UAUUAAAAGUAAUUUUUUAACUCUUUCAAUUCAAAACUAGGAAUGGAGUCGAGGUCAAGUCACGUGGUGUCACGUGUGCACCUUGACAAGAUAGAGCUCCGCCCACACAGACACAAGAGGCAGUAUAUUAGUGAUUGUAUGAGUACAGCAAAGUCCCUGUACAGUCGUGACGUUAAGGGACACUAUGGAUGCAUCAACGCACUUGCAUUUUCACAAUUAAAUCAAGAAUAUCUUAUAACUGGAGGUGAUGACACAAGAGUCCUUGUGUGGAGAAUAAGUCAAUUAUUAAAUGGAGAUUAUAAAUACAGUACACUUACGACAAAACAUAAUUCCAAUGUCUUCUCAAUAUCGCUCUCUUUUGACGAUACCUAUCUGUACUCAUCAGGUAAUGAUGGACAGAUCAUUAAACAUGAUUUCCACACAGGUGACUCCAUCACUACCUACCAACACACGUCAUCAGUUUAUUCAAUUGACGUAUUUCCUGAGUCUCAUCACACUUUUGCAGCUGCUACUGAGGAUGGUUCCCUCUUUAUUGUUGAUUCACGUUCCCCUCGGAUGACCCAGGAUAUGAUAUUGGAUGAAAUGAUUUCUUCCUUUCACAGUGUUUCAGUCAAUCCUGCCGAGUCUAAGCUCAUUGCAGCUGGCAAUGAGUCCACAGGAGCUUCUCUUUACGACCUCCGGGGAUGGAGAAAAGUUUUCGAUUACAAUGCUUCACUGUGGUCUUUCAAUAAAUUGGAUACCACAUCAGUUUGUUUCAACAGCUGUGGCACCAGGCUAUUCUCAAUGCAGAGGGCAAGGCCACCUUGUGUCUUCUCUACACUCUCUCCUAAUCCUCUCUUUGUAUGCACUGAGCCUCAUGGAUACAGCAACAUGGUGACAAUGAAGUCCGGCUGCUUUGCAGAAUGUGAAAAUGAAGAGUAUGUGGUAUCUGGGUCUGAUGAUUUCAGAAUUUACUGGUGGAAAUUGCCUAAUUUUGAAACAAAGCCACGGGAAGAGCUGAUGCCUCAUUUAGUCAUGCCAGGUCAUCGGUCCAUAGUCAACCAAACCAGGUACUCUUCAGUACAUAACUUACUCUCUUCAUCCGGAGUGGAAAAGAUCUUUAAAAUAUGGACUCCGUUCCAACAGUACAGUGGUCAGCCAUGCGUCCAGUCCUUUGGCCCUCCAUCCAGAGAGCACUACACUGGUCUAAUGGACGAUCUAUUGAUUGAAGCAGUGGACGACACGGCCAGUGACCAGGAGAAUGAGGAGGAGAGUGAGAGAGUGUUGGCCUUCUUUGAUCACUUGAUAAUGGAAGAUAAAAGACAACAAGAAAUGGAAAGCUCAUCAUCAGCUACAGACAGUGAAAGUGAUAAUGAUGAACCAAGAUAUAAUCUACAAUUGUUUUUGCGUCAUCGUCAUGACGAUCAAGUAGCCCCUCCUCCUAGGGAAUAUGACGUGGAACUUGAUACUGAAGUUAUAGAGAGUCCCACUCAUUCUCCUCCCCUGAGACUAGGGGAUUCACCAACAGGAGAGGAGGAGGGGGAAGGAUCAAGAAAUGAAGACUCUCAUCAAGAUGAUUUUGAUUUCUUGAGAUCUCAUUUUAACAACUCAUCAUCAACAAGCAAUUCAUUAAGUAAUAACAACAACAAUAAUAACAACGAAUAA